AUGGCGACUCCGAUCGGUUCUCCCCGUGUCCCCUCGACUGUCGGUUCUUCACUAGUGACGCCAGUUGCUCGGGAUGUCGUGGAGCCCGAUGAUAGUGCCCACGCAUCUCGCUGCACUGCGCCCGCCUCGCACGCUUCGCUCGCUCGCUCUGCUUCGCUGCUUGCUUCGCUGCCUGCUGAGGACGAUCAGAGAGCUCAGCACCAUGCGACGCCUUUGCCAUGCUCUGCUGCUGCUGCUUUCGCAACGCCUGGCACGAUGCACGCCGGCAUGCUGCCUGCUUCUGCCACCGCUCGUCUUUUGCCCUUGUUGCCUGCCUUUUCUGCGUCCGCUCAUCCUGUCCUCUGUCCCUUCGCGGAGAUCCAGAGGGCGCUCGGGCCCUCGGUCCGGGCCGGACGACCGUGGUCCACCGAUUUCGGACCCGGCGUCCUUUCUUCCACCAGCGAGCAACCGGGUGCACCCCAUGUUUCCGUCGCAACGAUUACCGCGGCGGAUCAUGGUGGUGCUGCCCCCGCCAACGAUAACGGCGGGAGGCUUACCGGUCCCCGUGCUGUCGGGGCUCUGGUCGAUGAAGCCAUUGGGUCGGAAGCAUCCGCGCGCAUCGCCGCCGAUAUUCUGGCGAUCGCGCAGGGUGUGACCAGCACCCAAGCCGACCUCGAUAUCUUGAGGAACGGCGUCUCGGAUAUCACUGAAGCACUUGAGAACAAGAUCCGAGACAUGUGGGAGCUUCUUCAGGCCGAGUUGAGGAAAGAACGUGAGCUGUUCAUGCAGUUCCAGGACUCUUUCCGCGAGAGGCGGAUUUCUGACCACGAGACGCUUGAAGAUCAUUUUGCGAAGCUCACUUCGAUGGUCAAUGACCGACUCAUCGAGUUUGAUGAGCGGAUCCAUCACUUCAACGAAAAGCGUGCUGGAUCACUAUCCAUGCAGCUUGCUGAAACGAUCCGUCACAUCAAGCAGUACCCAGACGCGCUGCGGCAGAUCCAUGCCGAGGCGCGGGUCGCUGCGGUGGAGCAGAGCGCUACCCACCGCAUUGAAGUCAUCAGAUCCGAGAUGAGUCGCGCUCUCUACGAUCAUAAGGAGAGUAACCGAGCUCAUAUCGAUCAGCUGACUGUCCGGAUACAGCACCUCGAAAACGCUCACGUCGGCAGAGGCGGUUCUGAUAGAUCGACGCCUUCGCGUCCGGAACGGACGCAGUUCUUCGAUAUCAGUGACCAUGAUGGGGAUAUCCCACGCCCUGCGGAUCUGCCACCAGUUCCAGGCGUGCACAGCAACGAGUCGCUGACGAACAUCUUGGCGAAAGUCACGGGCAAAAUAAUCCUGUUGAGCCCGUUCGACAGAAUUAUGGCCAAACGUCAGCCUCAUUUUCGGGGAGAUCGCCUGAUCCGGCCGUUCCUCCCGCAAAUGCCGAUAGAGCGACUUCCGGUCAUGUUCCGAGCCUCGGGCCGUAUCCAGUCGAUGAAGCUCCUCGAGUUGGCAUUCGACCUGCUCCUGAAGCUCGAAGCUUCGUGGUAUGAUGCGAUGCUUGGCCGAACGAAUCUCAUUGGCAGUGGUGCCGGCGCACCGAUUCUCCAUAGUGAGACUGGCACUUUCACACUUGCGCCGAACACGAGUAUCACAGCAACACUUCGACCUGCUGUGACAACCGAUGCUGUGCCCCCGAUGCCCACCUUCAAUGCCAGAACGUCCGUUCCUGCACCCAGUGCCGCGCCACCCGGAGCUGGCGGACCGCCGCACGGAGGCGGCGGUUCCCCCGGUGGUGAUGGCCCAACGACAACGGGGGUGCAUAUGGCGGUGGUUUCGGAGGAUAUGGGCAUCAUGGGUCUGGCUAUGUCCCUGGUGGCGGUGGUGGCCCGCCCGGUGGCCCACCUGGUGGUCCGCCUGGUGGUGGUGGCCCUCCUGGCGGGAGUGGUCCGCCCGAUGGCGGAUCCGCCAAGCAUUCGGCCUACCGGUCGACCGAGCGGGAAUGAUACUUUCCAGUGCGAGCGCUGCACCGGAACUUUCCCGACCACCGUGCGACGACCAUGCAUCUCUUGUCGAUUCUCAUGUUGCAAUGGUUGCUGCAGAGAUCCGUUGAGAAUCUGUCUUGUGUGCCUUGAGAGACAGACUGGGAACCCGCCUGGCCCCAACGAUUCGGGACCUGGUGGACCCAAGGGUGAUGGAUCGUUGAGUGAUGCGAAGAAGGCAAAGUGUAAAUCCUUCCGGCUUGACCCUGAGCCUGAGCCCGCACAAUUGCGACGUUGGAUCGUCGAUGUGAAGGAGCGGGUUGCCAAUGCCUUCGCAUACGAUCCUGGGUACGCACUCUCAUGGGUCGAGAUUCCCGAUGGCACCCGCUACGAGGACCUUCUUGAUGAGUGCAAGUACGGAAUGCUCGAGAACGAAUGCAAUUCGGCUUUCCGUGAGUGCGUUAAGUCUAUUGCUUUGAAGAAUAAGAUUCAGACCGAAACCGAGCGCAUGCAUACGAUAAACCGGCGACUCGGGAGUAGGCAAAUCUUGUGGCUCUUGUAUGACUUUCUCCGGCCGCAUGUCACUGGCGACUCGACUUUCAAGCUCGUUGAUCUCAUGAAAACCACGAUUGAUCGGUUCACUCAUGGGUCCGAGCAGGAGAGGCUUGAAGCCUUCUCCAAUCGGUGGGAUCAUGUUCUCGCUGGUAUUUCGGUCGAUCGCCCUGAAGAUCCUGUGCUCUGUGCCCUCUUCUACGAGCAGGUACGUGAGUUCCGUUGCCUUGAGCUCGAUAUGCAAUUGUGGGACAGAGAUGUCUCUGUGCGGAACUACGCAUAUUUGCGAACUGUCUGCGUCAAUGCGAUUACAACAUGGCGCCGACGACGCAAUCAGGAGAAGAUGUACACCGCUACGCGAUCAUCCUCCGCGCAGAGGCGAUACGCUGAGAGGGAGUCCGUACCGAAGGAGCUCGCCGAGACGCUCGUCGCCCAGACGAUUCUCCCCGAGGCAAUGACAGCAUCCUCCAUUGGAGACUUUGCGUUCGCUUGUGCCGCAUCAUUCGAUAUGGCAUGUCCGUCAGUCAAGCGGAAGACAGUAUCGUUUGGGAAUACUGAGACCCGCGUGAUAGAGUCUUCUUUCCCGGAGCCAAACUUCGGCCCCGUCAAUCGCGAGAGGAAUUUGAACUAUUCGUGGCCGGAAGAUAUCCGUGGUCUGAAUAGUGCUCGCGAGAAGCGAAGGGCCCAUAUGAAGGCUGUGCUUUGGAGAGAGCAGGUUUUGCUCGAUGACGUUGAUGCCAAGACGUUGGGAAAUGAUGCUUGUGUUCUUGAGCUCAAGCUUUCUCAGCGGAGCGCUUGCGAAGUCUUUGCUGCUGCUGUCAAGUCUAUUAAGAGGGUACGGAGACUCAUGCUUGACUCCGGUUGCGGUAUAGACCUAAUUGGUCUCGGUGACUUAUCCCAUGAGGAAAGGGAUCUGAUUGUUCAAAAUGCUAAGAUUAGCCUUCGGACCGCCAUGCGCAUUGACGGUCUCGAUGAGCUGAUUGAAGCUUAUGUGCUUGAGAGCACACCAAGUCUCCUUUCCCUUGGGAAACGAUGCAAGGAACUUGGUUACCGAUUUAUUUGGGAACCUUUCUGCGAUCCGAUAUUCUUUGAUCCCAGAGGGAAGCGACUCAAGGUCGAUGUUAUCAACAACAUCCCAUACCUCGCUCCGAGCGAGACCGAAGUAGUAGCGGGUCGACCUGAUCUCCCUCGCGUAUAUCCGGUGCUCCCAGCACCGAUCAUCAUCCACGAGAAGGUCGUAGCCGCUGGUGAGGAGCCUGUAGGCGAGCUAGACGAUAUUGGAGAGCUCGAUAUUGACAUGCCCGGUGCCAAGAGCGUCCAGAAAGAUGCACCUGACGAUGCCAAGAAGGUGCCUUACAAAUCGAAGCAUCAGUCGCCGCCCGAUGAACCGAGAGCGCGCGACCUGAGAGAGGAGGCAAAGUCCAUCCGGUUUGAGAAGUUUGGCGAGCAUGUCACCAUCGACACUAUGGUGUUGCACGGGCUUGGCAAUCGCGGGAAUAAUGGGGAGACAGAUGCUGUUGUCUUCUAUGAUCUAGCAACCGAGUGGUUGGAGAGUGUUCCCGUGAAGGGAAGAACAAAUGCCGAUACGCUUCGCGCGUUCCAGCAGGUCUUCGGCGACCUUCAGGAUGUGAACUCAUUCUCCAUGGAUGUGGAGAGAAGAUACGCACCCUCUGCGAUUCGGGAAAUUUAUUGCGAUAAAGCCCGUGAGUUCAUAUCGACCUGCAAGAAAGUUGGCAUCUCUGUAAAGCAUUCUACUCCUGGCAUGCCUCGAACUAAUGCCAUUGCCGAGAGCAAGGUGAAGCUUGUCCUUCAUGGCGCACGCGUGGCGCUUCGGCAAGCAGGUUUGAGCGCCAAAUUCUGGCCUUAUGCGUGUAAGCACUUCUGUCAUGCUCGCAACAUCGAGCUGCGCGAGGGCCAGAGUGCAUACGCAUUGCGGUUUAAUGGUACCGAAUUUGACGGCCAGGUUCUUCCAUUUGGAUGUCUUGUUGACUUCUAUCCCACGCCGGCACGAAAACAGACCCGGCGAAGUCAGAGAGAUGAAGUCGUACUUGGCGAUGGUGAGGAGUAUGCACUGCCUGCGCCUGGAGAUGAUGGAUUGAUCGAUGUCGAAGUCGGAUUCGACGAUGACGAUUAUCUCGAAUGGAUUGAUGAUGGAGGUGACGAUCGAUCCGGAUCCCUCCAGGGCACCGAUGUUGAUCAUCGCUUGUCAUCCUACCAACGCCCCAGCAAGUUCUCUCCCACAAGCAAGCCCGGUAUAUUUCUGGGUUAUCACUUCGAGAAUGAAUGGGGGCAGGUGAAGAAGAUAUACUGUUCUCCCAAGGAGCGAUGGACGUUUCCGAUGCUGUCUACCGUGCCAAAGCCGAGUGAGCGUCUUGACGCCUCCGACAUGCUCGAUCUCGAAGAUAUCGAUGAAAUCUUCGCCCUUGACGAGUCGACUCGAAUGACCGAUGAAGAAGGUUCCAUAGGGGAGUCGCCUGACCCGUGGAAGCUGAGCACGGUGCGUAUAUCGAAUGUUCAAUACAAGGACAAAAGCCCGGUUACGAUCUAUGAAACCGGGUAUGCCUUCGGCAAGACAAGACUCAUGCAGCUUUGGACAGGCACUGUUGAGUUCUUUGAUGACGGCUUUGCCCCACCUAAGAAGAAGUUGCCUCCUUAUCAUGGAUCUGAGGUCCUGGAGGGCGAGGGGGGUUUACGCUAUCGUCAAAAUGUGCCUCGUUCCGAGCGAGCAUACAAGGGGUCUCGAAAACCGAACUCUAUCGACUCUGAAUCCUGGCGAAGCAUGAAUCGAGCCGAGCGGGAAGGAUAUGUUGAGGCUGAGCGCCGAGAAGCUGAGUCUCAUGCUAUGUCGCGCGAGGACUCUCGCGAUGCCGCUCCUGUCGAUAUCGCUUUCGAUUCGGAUUAUGAGUCUGGUGCCGAACGGCAUGACAAGGACUACUGGUAUCACGAUGUCGCAGCUGGCACGAUCACCCGAUUUCAUGUGAUCGAGCGCCGAGCGCGCUUUAAUCCGACCUCCGUCAAGGAUUGCCCAGUUGAUCCUGCGACGUUGACCGAUGUCAGGAUGACCAUGGCCAUGACCGACGGCACGGAGUUUACAUUGCAAGACUCCUGGAGAUUAUCCGAUGUUCGAUCUCUGCCGUGUCGGUGGACUGGGAAGACCGUUUUCGUCAUUGGUUCCUCUGCCAAAACGCAGAUUAAAGUUCGCACUAGUCUGCCGAAUAAAGAUGGCACGGAGCGCCGCGUGCAAACCGCAAAUGGAUAUUAUGGCCAUGCACUGCGUGCUAAAGGGCGUAUUGUCGUCCCUGCCAAGUCUCGCGCCUGUGUUGUUACCGAUCUUGAGUUUGAACCCCCGGGCGGUAUGUCAGCCCGUCUCCAGCCGCUUCGCGGCAGUGGCCUCGAUGUUUGUCCGGCCAUGUACACGUACAAUGAGGGGGCCACUCAAUCCGGUGUUGACGUCCUUAAUCCUACCGAUUCCGAUAUUACAAUCGAGCCUGGACAGGACGUUGCAGUGGUUCAAUUUUACACUUCGGUAUUGGCAGCGGUUGAACUCGACUUCACCGCAGAGGAUGUCAAUGGUGAUGUGUCUAUGCCGGUCGAAUCAUCCGACGAUGGUAUUGCUGCUGGUGCAGCGCCAGCCAUGUCUAUACGUCCUGCCAAUUUGGCCAAGGGCUGGGAGCUCAUGGCUUCCAAGAUCAAAUUGGAGCCGCCCUCGAGCAUCAAACGUUAUCUGGGAUGUGAACAUGUUACCUUCUCCCACACUGUUCCUAGCACUUUUGAUCCGCGUUCCUACUGGACGCGAUUCGAGGAGCCUAAGAAGGCGUUUCCCGAGCUAACUUUUGGCGAUCGAGACACCAGUGUCGCGCAAGGCUCAGUUGGUCCUCGCGAAAUUCGAAUGAUCAAGUACGAUAUGCGAUCAUUCAUGGAGCAGUGUGUUUCUCGCCAUGUUGAGCUCUGUGGUCCUAAGUAUAAGGCCUCCUUACGGUCGGCUGACACGCCGUUCCUCGAUGAGUCGCGACCGGAGUUCGAUACCAAUCCGGAUCGCCCUGCCGUGAACCGCCUGCUAGGCCAUUCCGCUGACACGCCUGUGCCUCCUGGUAAGGGCGUUCUCGGCGACUGUGCAGCCGCCGUUCUGAUGAAAAUCCUGUAUGGUGCUCGCAUGGGGCGGUACGAUCUCAUUCGUCCUGUGCAGGCACUUGCCAGUCUCAUCACUAAAUGGGAUGGCUUGUGUGACAAGAAACUCCAUCGAUUGGUGUGUUAUAUCAAUUCUACCCUCGAUCUCAAUUUGUAUGGGUGGAUUGGUGACGCACCCGAGAUGCUGGAGCUUGUGCUCUACUGUGAUGCCGAUCUUGCGGGUGACAUGGGGUACAGCAGUUCGUCUGCGGAGCAGCGAUGGCUGAGGACCGAUACGAGUAUCAAACACAACGACCUCGCCAAGUUGUCACCCACUGAGAUGUCCAGGGAAACGGUCAACCCGGCUGAGGCUGUGAAGUUCUUCAAGGGUUUUCUGCAGCUUCGGCCGACGCUGUCAUUUCUCCCUGGAUCAUUUCUGGCGAUCAAGGCUCUUAACCGAUUUCCCACGCUGGACUCUCUAAAGGAGCAGGCCAUGCAUCUCGAGAACGAUCGCAAGGAACAUGGCUACGAUCUUCCUGCCGUGGAUGCGAACGGAAUCGGGGAAGUGGCCGCCUUCCGCAACGAAGACGACGAUGGAAAUACCCCGUUGAUGCGCGGGUGGGUCUCGUUCAUGAAGGCAUUGGCAGAUACUUACCCUGGGAGAUGCGUCAGCAUCGAUGAUACGCUCAACUGGGGAGCCAGCACCCCUAUGGCCUACGAGGACGGUGCUUCGCAGAUCACUAUCCACCCGACUGACGGAUGGGUGUAUGUCCCGGCGAUGAAUUCGGACAUUUAUGAUCCUCAGGAAACGUUCCUCCACGGCUUGUUCGGAGAGGAUUACGUGACGGACGAUUAUGGAAGUCACGAACCCUGCGUCUGGGUGACUGGAAACGCCCCCGAGGCUGCCGGCACCUAUGCGUCUGGCACGUACCUCGGUGGGGGAUACUGGUUCCAAGUGAUGAUCUGCGUCUCCCGGACUAUGGUGAACAGCCACAGCCGAACGACAAAGAAGCUGGGGGGAUCCCAGAAGCAGAUCCGCGUCGGGACUAGGUUUCUCGAGUUGUGCGGGAUCGCAUUCAGGCCAUUCCGACUUAUGGACGACCGCGAGAAUGGGGUUUCGACCUCCCCGAGCUACGUCGUCCACGGACACCGAUUCCUCAGUGCCGACGGAACGAAAGCCGUGGCCUGGCACCCGUGGAUGGAGGCGAGCCCGAUCGAUCCUCGCAUCCUGAAGCUGCUGGGAGACAUUGUCGCUCACGAUAAUGUCGAGUUUGCAGACCUCACGAUUCAAGGAGGCAGCACUACCCAACAGAUUGCUUCUACCGAGACAGAGCAACCUGGGGCAGCCGCGGCUGAUGAUCAGGCCACGGCGGGUAGUGGUGAAGCGACGGAACGAAUCACCGUCGACCCGUCAGUGCUUCGACGCAAUCACUGGAUGCCUGACAGUUACGGAACGAGCGAUCACGCUACCGUCGGUGGAAGGUAUGCCUUGCUGUCCGAGCUUCAGUCUUCUAGCUACCGAAUUGAGCUUGCGCCAUUCUUCCAGCUGCGUGCACCCAUCCUGGGAGAGGAAGGGAGCCAGGGUCUGCCCAAGCCUUCAAGGCUCGAGACGAUUGCCGGGGGACCAUCCAAGGAAUGGGAGGCAUGGUGCAAGCACUACCGAAAGGCAUACAUUGUCAUGCUUGGCAACUUCGGCUACAUGCCAGCCAAGAGCAUCAAGGGUAUCCAGUACGAUGAAGAUGGUACAACGGAUAUCAUUAGCGCGCCCGUCUGGAGUCCGGCCGACGCCCUUGUGGCAAUCUCGAUCCACGGGAUCAGAGCGGUCACGACCAUGGCUUCCACGAUUGCAUUUGGGGGUGCUCCGCCAACGAUUAAGCCGGCGGUACCCAGUAAGCCGCAGAGGUUCGUCGUCAUGCACGACGGUCUGCUGACCUUCAGGGCCGCCAAAUCUUGGCACGAUGGUGAGAUGAACGCCCAUCUGAAAAGCGCGCUGACGAGUUUCGGAUUCCCGGAAUCUGAGGUGCGCGUGCAGGCGUUCGAUGAGGGCUAUAAGCUCAAGGAUAUGAUCGAUACGCUUGCGCUGAUGCAGAGCGACACCUCUAUCCCGCCAUCGAAUGUGCACAUCCUCAUCCUUUGGAGAGGAGAGGAUUUGUGGAAGCUGGACCAGGGCUGGAGUAAGCUUACCGGUGACAUCGAUCUGGCACGAUCACAAUACGCCAAGUCGACUGCACGGGAUGCUCUCGAGGAGUACAACACGAUCUACGGAUCAGUGUCCUUCUGCGGACCAGUGUCUCCGAGCAUGGGAUACCUUCCGACUCUGCCAGGCCAUCUCUUCGAGAAAUACAGAGAGGAGAUGAGGAUGAUCUGGGACACGAUCAGAAGGUCCAACUUCCUCACCCUGUCAUUUGACGCUAUCCUGGAGGGGCUGCCGUUCCUGAGGGGAUAUCACAUCAUGCACGAGUCCAAGACGAUUGGGGUCUUGUGUACUCGUAUCUGCUCGAUGUUCACGCUUGCGGCUCUCGCGCGAUUUCCAUCUUAUGGCUUAUGGGACCCGCCGAAGGGCGCGGUGAAGGCCAUUGUGCACUCCACGGUGCAGGACCUAAUCGAAGGAGCAGAUCGCGGUCCCGAUCAUGGACCCACGAAGACUGUUGAUAUGAGUCAGCUCGGCUUCGAUGAGGACGAUGAUGAAGAUAUGGCCGGUGACAUAGCUCCAGCUGCGACCAAGCAUCCGGUUAAACAGGAGCCGGGGACAUUGGCGGAUCUUCCGGGUGUUCGUCAUCCAGAUCCGAUUGUAUUGCCCGCUACUCCUGUGCCCGGCCAGGCAAUGCCUGUGUCGCCCGGCCUUGCCCCGGCUGCUACGAACAAUGAGGAAUCUAGCAGCAGUUCCGAUGAUGACGAACAGCAAGGGGAUGGCGAUACGGCAAUGCCCGAGGCCAAGAAGGAGGAAUCCGAUGAGGAGUUCAAUGAGCUUCUCGAAGAGAUGACUGAUGCAUUCGAGCAAAUGCCUACUCCUCGUGAUGCGGAGCGAACUGUCGCGGCCAAUCGGGAUGCCGCUCGACCGCCUGCCGUGCCGACGAUUCCCGUAUCCGCAAUGAAGAAGCCGAAGCCGAUCGGUGGCGAGGAAGCCGCAGGGCCCACCACCGAGAACCGCCAGAGUUAUGCUCAUUGCGAAAGCCAAGUCAGUGAGGCUGAGGCUCGCCGUGAGCAGGCUGCGAAGAUGAAGGCACAUAUCGCUGAAGUGGCGAAGGGUGCCACAGGCGUUGAAAACGCCGAACACCUUCGAUCCAUUGCCGAUGGGCUCGCCAGGAUCAUGGACCCGAACAUUAGCGAUGACAAUGUGUUCCAGGGUGCCAUGUACCCUCCGGGUGACUAUGCGCUCGACGCUGUCACGAACCGGUUGGCCCAAGGCAGGCGUCGGGUCGAAUCGAACAGCAAUCUCAUCAGGGAGAUGGCCAGCGACCGAUUUACGCCUGUGCUUAUCAACCGAGAUACUGGUGAGACUGUGUCAGCAAUCGAUGCACGAUGGACCCCAGAGUAUGGAAACAGGGGGGAGCUUGAGGCCAAGGUUGGUGCGAUCAUUUCCAACCUUGAUGCCGUGGUUGCAAGCAUGUCAACCCUCUCUGUGUUCCAUCCACACAUUCCCUCAACGUAUGGUAUGGCUCGAUCGCUUCUCAAUACCUACCAGUCGUUGCAGAUUGCCAUUCGACACCGUGGCAUGGGUGCGAUGUCCUUCGAACAGAUGGUGUUCAAACCUGAGGACCUUGAGGUUCCGACGCCCGAUGAUUGGCCGGAGCUCAUUGCGCCUACCCCAGGAAAAGUCAUUCAGUCCAUGCGGGUAGCCCUGGUAAACAAUACCGCAGCGAGGUUGACGAGAGAAGACCUCAAGCUGCCGCCGGGCUUCGCUAUGCAGCGACGGGUGACCGAAUUCCGUAAGCCGGAUGAGGAUCCGGUACAGAGCCUGAUGGGACUCACCGAUGAUCUGAGCUACGGCACCACCAGCCGAACUGGGGACGAUAGGUUGUCCCAGUUCCAGCGCAGUGUCGCGGUACAGCUGCGGAACACUGCAGGGUUCAUUGCGAGCGAGUUUCAGAAGCAUGCCCGAUCGAUUGCUGCUUCCUCCUCGCGUCGCAGUGAUGCCUCUGGCGCCAUGAGUAGCCUGGGUGAAGGUGCGGCAGACAACGAUCUUCCGUCCACCGAGCCGGCUAGUGUCGCUUCUGAGCGUGCGACGACGCCUCCUCCGCCGAACGUGGAGGAUGACGAUGAUAGCAAUAUGGAGGAUGACACGGUCGAUCAGAAGCCUGAGCAGAAACAUGAGGAGGAUGCCGAAAUGGGUAGCGGACAGGAGCUGCAAGACGAGGUCCCCGGCAAGGCCCCGCCGCCAGCUGCCCGAACCGCUGAAAACCCACCGGAACACGGCGUGCGUUCCAGUUCUGCGAAUGUGAUGAAAGCUCAGGGAGCCGUGCUCUCCGGUGCUCGUGGGCCGGAUAUCGAUAUUGAUCCAGCCAGUACUGCCGCUGAUCAGGCAGCGAGCGAUCCGAGAAACUGCCGAAUCGAGGGCCCUGGUAUCAAGGCGACAACGAUUCAUCGCCCCGACCAGAUGCCCGAGAGAGGCCUCGACUCCAUAGCACCGGUAGUACAAUAUGAGAUGUCGUCCGUUCCGAUAGCGCUACCGGAUUUCGUCGUUCCGCGACUCGACAUGGGCAUCGAUGACUCUGUCCAUGGCCGACUGGUCUCAGCGACCUGCCUCCCACCGACCGACGAACAGCGCAAGUUUUCGAGGCGACGAUUCGCCAUGCUCUCCUCGAAUCAGACAGUGUACUUGAACGUGGCACUUCACAAGAAACCUGUCAAAGGGGAUCACGAUUCUUUCCUCCGACCGGAGUCUUACGAGGAUUGCCGCAACAUUCAUGACGCUGUCCGGGCCUACAAUGCCAGAGAGGCCAAAUACCGAUCUGUCGGCGGAACAUCUGUGUCAUGCAGUCGAUUGCUUAUCGACGACGCACAAAACAUUCCCGCUGCCACGAUUCCGGACGCAGGAAUGAUCAAUUUGGUGCGGAAGCUGAUGUUCCGAGUGCUGACACAAACGAAGGAGUAUCCUUCCCCUACUGCCGGUGGACCGCAGAAUCGCCCUCAGGAUCGUGAGAGGGGCAUUCCCUUGUAUUCACACUUCGAUCAGAGUGGCAUCAUCGCUUUCGAUGUCAUCCCGAUGUACAUGGAGCGUGAGAGGGAAUACAUGAAGGCCAACGCCGGAGAAGCCAGUGGCCGGAUUCUUCUCCAGACAAAUGUCCUGGAUGAGAACGAUGAACCAUCCGAGCUUGCUCUUCAAUGCAUCAUGGAGAUUGCCCGGACGGACAACAAUCGAAUGUUUGAGUUCUUCUACUCUACGAUCAACGAUGAUGGAAGACCUCAGUUUGUUGGCAUCCGAUGCCAACACGGGCCGUUCGUUCAGCUCGCUCAAGACCAUUAUGUUAGUGGCGAGAGGAAGAGGAAUGUGGCCCGACAUCAUCCCCAAUACGGAUGGGGUUGCGCAACGAUUCGCGAAUUCUUCGGGUACAUGAGCGAUUGCAAUGUCAACCCUCCAAAGGGACAGCUGUUCCUCACCCUGCUCCCGUAUGCUCCCGGAUCUGGGAACAACAACGAGUGGGAAGAGGUGUACAUGAACGUCCGAAUGAACCCGAAGCGUGAGACGCUCUCGAAUACCGCGUCGACACAAUCAAUGCUCCCUGAAGGAUUGGGAUCCAAUCGCAUGAUCGUGUUCGCAAUUGAUUUGCACAUGGUCGCGGCGGGUAUCAAUCCGAUUAACUUCCAUCCGAGAGGAUACUACGCGAUCAAAGACAGUAUCCCUCUCGCCUGUAUGCCGAUAGCAUACUUCAUGGACUCGGGAUCCCUAGUGUUCAACACGGCCUUCAAAUACAUCGGAGGUACGAAGUUUGGCACUGGCCCCGAGCGAGGAAAGCACCAGCGGGAGACGUGGCCGCUCGCUAGCUUCGACUGCCCCAUGUGCGGAGCUUCAUUCCCGGUUGGUCUCCAUAUGUGCCACUCUUGCACUAAGCCGAUUCACUAUCCUGACGGGAUGUUCUAUGCCGAUCCUGUGAAUCCCUUCCAGGUUGAAUACUACGGAAGUCAUGCUGUGUGGCUCAACGAGCUUAUCGAACGAAACAAGCUGACCGAGUUCCAGCUUCACGAAUAUCCUGCGAUAAAACAGCUGAGGAACUUCCCGGUGUCUAGGUCUCUCGCCGAGGAUCAUAGGCAGACCGCAUUUUUUCGGGGUGCCGCCAUCAAGUGCACCGCAGUUGACACAUCGCCGACUGAAGUGGCUUGUUGCCGGGAUCACUGGCAAGAGGCUCGAUGUGGCGUGGAAGAUUUCUUCAAUUCGCAGUCAAUCGAAUGUGCAACCACGAUUGUCAAGCACUUCGGGGCGGUAUUCGCCACGUGCCGCGAAAAGCCACUAUGCUACUAUGCACGAUGGUCGAUCCACUGCCAACGCGCUUACCGAGUUUGCUUGUCGCGUGGAUAUCUCUCCCCCUUUUACACCGGGGAGACAAUCGAGUACACCGUCGAUCCAGAUAUGGCCGAGAAAAUCCGUCUUGCGCACCUGCCUCUGCAGAACGCCAAUCUGGAGAUGAGACGGCGAAUUCGACUCUCCACCGAAUUUGAUACGUUGGAUGAGUUCCGUGCCACUAUCACGGACACGCAAAAGUAUCAGCGAUACAUGCGUGUCGAUAGUGAGAGCCUCUCCGCGCUCCUGGCCAAGGUUACACUGACAACAUGCUACGGCAUCCCGAUAAAAGGUGAGCCUGGCUACAUCUCCGGCGAUGAAGAAGAGGAGAUUGAGGGAGCCGCUGCGGCAACUAAGAAGCCCAAAGGGAAAGGCAAAGGGGACGAUGACCCCAACGUUCAAGCUAUCAAUUGGCGUGAGUUGGACCCCUUGGGACGGAAGCUCAUUCCGCACCAUGCUGAUCCCCGAUUCGCGAUUCUCGAGGAGGGGAAUACCGCACUCCUUGACGAUCCUGAUACGCCCGAUGAAACGCGUAAGGAGUUCAAGGAAUUUGUUCGCGAUCACGCUCACAAGAUAAAGGAGUGUUUCGAUGAGGAUCGCGAAACCGAGAAGACAUUCUUCACUCUUGUUGAAGGAGUGAAGGGUCAGCUCCCUGAUGCUAAGAGCACUGACCCGAUUCUGAUGAAAAGGGACGAUGAUGUCUUCGAGGCUAUGCCCGAUGAACUGGAAGAGCCUGACGAGCUAUUCGAUGUUGCAGCUCGCCAAGCACAACGACGCAGUGAAACGCCUCAGCGCAGAGUGCAGGUCACCGCGCAAAGGCAAACAUCGAUUCCCGAAGCUCAUACCAUUCCCGUUCCGCCAGAAGAAGAGGAUGAGGAUGAUAGUGAGCUGGAACGGGUGAACCGACCCGAUCCGAAGCCAAAGCGCCGAGGACGGGAGCAUUUCGGAGGCAUCGCCCCUGAGACGAAUCCGCCCCCGCCUCGCGAAAUGCCGCCGCCAUCGAAUCUACCGACUCGAAAGACACAGCGGCUAUCGGGCUACGGCGCUGCUCACCCUGAUGGAGAGACACUGAGGGUGUCAGGGAGGGCACCAUAUUCCGAUCAGAUGAAGCUGCCCUCGGUACUGCGAAUGAGGACUCGGCUCCAGGAACCAGAUCUGGACAAUCCGACGAUUGAGGAAGUCAUUCGCAUGUAUCAUUCACCGAACACGCUUCCUAUUCUCAGGAAGAAGGCCGCCAGCGUCAUUAUUGCGAUGAAUGCGAAUCCCGAUGAUGAUCAAAAUAUGAAGGCGGCUGGAGUGACUGCUCCUAAUGCCGCGAAUGCAGGGACAGGGGGAGGUGCUUCGCCCGAGAGUACGUCCGCUACCACACAAGAGCGGAUUAACCCAAAGUUCCCGGCGCCAAGCAAUCGCACUGCAUCGAAUCCACCAUCGAAGGUGCCCCGCGAUGACAAAUGGGCUCCUUCGAUCGUGCGACCGGCACCGGGUCGAGUGAUUCCGAAUGCAGAGGCGCGGGGGCGCACACAACAGCGCGUUGCUGAAACAACAGACGCCCCGCCGCCUCCUCCUUCCGAUACUGCUUCGUCUGAGCCACGAUCUCGUACGAUGGGUCCGGCCAAAGAGACAACGGCCAAGGGCAAGUCCCGAACAGGAUCCAACGUGGCAGGCCUCAUCGAUGGGGAGGGCCUUGCCUCCCAUUUGGAUGUUAUUCGUGAAGCCAUCCGGGGAGAACUGAAAGACGCUCUUUCCGAGGUCAAGCAGGACAUCCGGGGAUUUGCAGCCAGAGUUGACAACGUGGAAAGCCAAGUAACGCGGAAGAUGCAGCAAACGAUAAACCUCCUGGACGACAUGACUCAGAAGUACACUCACCAGGGGGACAUCUUGCAACAACUGCAGGAGGCGAACAAAGAAGUCAAUCUCAGGCUGGAGCGGCUUGAAAAGGGCGGGGGAUCGUCGACGGCAGGCAGCACAAUUGCCCCGUCCGACAGCGCCCGCAAACCAGCACCGAUCAUCGGGGGAUGGGACCCGGACGCCUCGGCCUCCGACACCAAAGAUGCAGUCCUUGAUGUUCUCAAGUCGGUGGAGGCACCCAUCGAUACAGCCACGCUCUUCGUGCCGGGGGUCCGGCGCGGGUACGCCAUCCUACCUAUCGACGAGCCCAUGGGGGAGACCUUCGAGCAACGCCGCACUCGGGUCCAAGAGGUUAUCUCUAAAGUUCGGGGAGCCAACAUUCAGUUGGGGAGCAGAUCCGAUGGCACGAUUGGGCGCGACUCGCAGCAAAAGUGGGGGACCGAAGAAGCCGGGCCUGGCUGGGUGGACAUUGCCGCGAUCGCUAAGGCAACCCGUACCACCAAGGAAGCCGAGGGGGGAAAGAUGCCCGGCCAAAUUUGGGCAAUGGCGUGGAAUGUCGGGGGGUUGACAGCAGACAACUUGCUGAAACUCCUGGACACCUUCGACGGCAGCCCGGACCUGAACUGCGUUACACUUGUCCUGGUGCAGGAAAUCAUCUGCGACCCAGGGGGAUGCUUCCUCGACGAUACCUAUCUUUGGUCGCAGAACCGCAACCACCUACAGCGCCUCUUACAGAACCUUGAAACAGAGCUCGCAGAGGACGGCCUCCACAUCCACCCCACCAAGACCGCUAUCCUGUAUAGCCAGCCAGAAGGGGGAGGCACCUUCCAAAUAGGGGACGCCACAGUCCCGUGCGCCGAUCACAAAACCGUCAUCGCGACGCUGGGCUCUCCCAUUACCUUCGGGGAGCAGACGGCAGCGAUCAUUGCAGAAAUGAACCGACGGGGGAGACAAUCCUUCGCCAAGCACAAAAGCAUCCUACUCGCACGCACGGGCCUGAAAGCAAGAAUGGCAGCAUACACCACGCUAGUCCGAUCGGCAGCGCUAUAUGCGGAUGAAACAUGGCCAGUCAACCAGCGCAUACUUAAAGCAGCAAAUUCGUUGCAAGCACAACACUUGCGGCGCAUGCUGCACAUAGAGAGGCGGCCCACCGAACAGUGGGCGGACUGGCACAUCCGAUCGCUCCGGAUGGCGCGACUCCACUUACAGCGGGGGGGCUGGAACCGCUGGUCCACAUACAUCCUGCAGCAAAUCUGGUCCCUCUGGGGGCACAUGGCUAGAGGGGGAGCCGAGGUCAACGCCAUGGUCCAGUGGAAAAAUCUGGACUUCUGGCGCCAAGAACAACGCAAACCACGCAGCAGCAGAGUCAACCAUGCAGCCGGAUUCAAUCCGGAGGCCGACGUCGAGAGAGCCUUGGAGAGCAUCGGGGGAACGCGCUGGGGGGAAGCAGCCCAAGACCGGGCACACUGGCAAACCUUGUCAACGACCUUUGUUGAGCGCUACGACGUGCCGUGGGCGACAGGGAAGCAGACAAGCAUACAAGACAACCUCACACCAAACAGCCACAGAGGGGGGCGCGCGAAGCGCGCGAAGCCGCGCGAAGCGCACGCGAAGCGCGGGCGCAAGAAGCACGCGCGAAGCCGCGCGAAGCGCGCGAAGCCGUGCGAAGCCGCGCGAAGCGGCGCGAAGCCGGGUCUGCCAGCCUUCGUCAUGGUGAAGCGAGCCGCGAAAUGCAUGCUGUGCAGCAAAACGCGCGCUCUGCGCGAAGUCAAGAAGGAAAGCCUGCUGGAGGCUGCGAAGGCAGCUGCGAAGAAGACUGUCAAGUUGUGCGAAACUUGUGCGACGAAGCUCUCCCACGCCCUCACGGCCAAGCGCAAGGCCAUGGGUGACGGCGAUGUUUGA